AUGUCGACCAAAAUUACUAUGGAAGAAGUGAAAAAGCAUGCCUCGGCCGACUCUGCUUGGGUCGUGAUUCAAGGCGGUGUGUACGAUGUGACAGACUGGCUGGACGAUCAUCCAGGCGGCAGGAAAAUUCUGUUGAAGAAUGCCGGCACGGAUGCGACCGACAAGUUCAUGAACUAUCACCCAGACCACGUCUUGAGGGACAUUGCCCCUAAGUUCAAGAUCGGUGUUCUUGCCGACGCGAAGUUGUGA